GCUCAACACCGCUGCAUAGAAGCAUCGAUUUUUUUUUUUGCACAAUACGAACAUGAUGCAGUAUCUGCACAUGCGGUGAGUUUCUCGAAGGAAUGUGCUGGGUAAGCAUUUCAUUAGCAUAACAUCAAAGCGAAAGCUCGCACGGAAAAGAAGAUGACCGUAAUGCACUGCACGCGCGGGAUGAUCAUAACCUUAUAACAUUUACCGUUCGAAGAACGAUUUUUUGAGAAUGAAACUGCACAGAUUACAUGAGUCGGAAAACGGAUGAAACCCGGUGCAUAUUGACUAUCAGAAUGUUCUCCGGAAAACUACCUACUUGCAAAGAUGUCCGCGAUUUUUGUCGCACAAAAAUUUUGAAGCCACUUGUCGUUCGCGAGGCAAAAAAAUGUUGCGUCAGUUGCUUCCGGCAAAAAGCUAAUUAUUUUUUUCCAAAUGUAGUUAUCUAUGUGCUACGUACCUCAAGAAAGCGCAGUUGUUCAAGCGCUCCCCGAGCGCGGCACUUCCGUCUCUAUAGUGCAGAAAAGUUUCACGUGACUUCUACAACAUGUAACGGCUGGCAUCUUCAAGCCGAAGUCGCUUGAGGAUAUUAAACCAAUACUCAUUUUUGUUUUUACUGCUUGAUGCAGUUGUAAGAGUUUGCUACUGCAAGGAGAAAAGGUAGAAAAAAACCCUCUCUUCUCGCAACCAUGGCGUCCACAGCGCUGGGCAAAUUGGACGAGACAAACUGCUGUUUCCUGACCGGCAGCAGUAAUCCCUAUCAAAUGCAAAAAUGUCUAGGUCUGGAAGAUUAGAACUUGUCAUGCUAAAUCUGAAUGAUGCAAAAAUCUGUGUUGCGUCCGCUUUUGACCAACUUGGGAGGGAGUUUCUCAUGCAGGAUAGGCAUGAUAAAGCUCUCGCAGAAUCUGUCAUGCUAUGUCCUUCAUACUAGACCUCAUGGGUCAUGGAAAACCCGCAUGACAAACCUGGCAGUCUUCCAGACCCGGACAUUUUUGCAUUUGAUAAUCCCGGGCUGUCCGCAAAAAUUUUGGAAAAACUCGGCGUACCGAGCAAAGACACCUUGCAGGUCAAGCGUUUCGCCGAUGGAGAGGUAUUAUGUAUAAAGGGAAGGGAAGGAACAGUAGUGUUGCGCGGCAUGGCAGAUCAUUAGCUGGAAGCGAAAUUGGAAGUCGCAUGGACCCAAAAUCAAUGCAACAACUCAGGUCUACAUCAAAAUCCUGGAUACCGUGCGAGGGAAGGAUGUGUACGUCAUCCAACCAACUUCACCCCCAGUGAACGACAACCUUAUGGAACUGUUGCUUGUCGUAUCCACCGCGAGAAGAGCAUCGGCAAAAAGGAUUACCGCAAUAAUCCCCUACUACGGGUAAAAAUGCUGCGAAGUUUGGUCUUUUCCGAAUUUUGCAUGUGAGUGUGCGAAAAAAUGCGAAAAUUUCACAUUGAAUUUUUUAUCUCUGGGCGACAUUUAAGCAAAUCAUCUUCGAGAUGAAAUGUCUACUUCACAGCUACGCCAGACAAGACCGGAAAGUGGACAGCCGUACCCCGAUAUCCGCAGCGGACGUUGCAUAUCAAAUGCAAAAAUGUCUGGGUCUGGAAGAUUCUGAGACUUGUCAUGCACGUUUUGCAUGAGUCAUGAUGUCCGUGAUGCAUGCGCUAGCAUCACAGAUUUUUUGAGGUCUUCUUGAUGCCUAUUCCGCAUGACAAAUGCCCUCUCCGCGAAGUAAAAAAUGCGUUCCCUUUGCUGCUCAUGCAAUACAGAUUUUUUUGGAAUCCAAACGCAGCAUCACAAGUUGCAACCUUCCAGACCCAGACAUUUUUGCAUUUGAUAUUGCAAAAAUGAUCGAGAGCAUGGGCGUCGACAGAGUCGUGUCCGUCGAUUUGCAUUGCGGGCAGAUACAAGUAUAUUACUAUUGUUGCAAUUCUCUUUGUGCAAGAGAACGUCAAGUGCCAUGCGUCCACCCUCCUUGUGUUGACAUUUGCAUGCGCAAAGACUGUUUUUAACUCGAACUUGUCACAACACAGGGUUUCUUCUCCCCGACGGUCCCGAUGGACAACCUGGAAUCGCACAUCGUCGCGCUCGACUGGAUCCUCGCCAAUAUCCAGUUUAGUCAGAAGGUGAACGUGGUCUCUCCUGACGCGGGUGGCGUGUACCGUGCCAAGAAGUUCCAGGAUGCGAUGAUGAAGCGCGGCAUUCAGAACCCAGGCCUAGCCAUGCUGAUCAAGCACCGGUCAAGGCCGAACCAAAUCGAGCGCAUGGACUUGGUUGGGUCGGUGGAAGGCUGCGAUUGCUUGAUUGUCGACGACAUCGUGGACACGGCGGGGACGCUGUGUGAGGCGGCGAAGCAGCUCAGUAUAAUUUGAGAGUUUGCCGCGUUUCUGAUUCUGUAUCAGGAUUCUCUCCCAGACCUGCCUUGCGCACUUAAGUGCUUCGCGCCUUUAGGUGCUGCGCGCCCUUAAAUGCUUCGGAGCCUUAAGUGCUUCGCGCCCUUAAGUGCUUCGCGCCCUUCACCUGAAGUCCUUCGAAGCGAUAGGUGCUUCGCUUAAGUGCUUCGCCUGAAUCGUUCCCUUAAAUGCUUCGCUGAAGUGCUUCGGUUAAGCAGAGCGUCGCUUAGGUAGUGCGUUCCUUACGUGGCUUUGCUUCGCUAAAGUAGUGCGUUUUGAGUGGUGCGUCGCUUAGGUAGUGCCUCGCUAGCUUAAGUAGUGCCUCGCUUAGGUAGUGCUUCGCUAAAGCAGUCCGUUUUAAGUAGUGCGUCGCUUAGGUGGUGCCUCGCUUAAGUAGUGCUUCGCUUAGGUAGUGCUUCACUAAAGCAGUGCGCAGUGCCUCGCUUAGGUAGUGCUUCGCUUAAGUAGUGCCUUGCUUAAGUAGUGCGCUACUUAAGUAGUGCCGCGCUUUGCUAGUGCCUCGCGUAGGUAGUUCCCCUCCUACGUGGUGCCUCGCUCAAGUAGUGUUUCGUUGAAGUUGUGCGCCCCGCCUAAGUAGUGCGCUCCGCUUAAGUAGUGCGCCCCGGUUAAGUAGUGCGCCCCGCCUACGCAGUUUCGCCUAUUUGUUUCGCUUAUGCGUUUCGCUUAUGCGUUUCGCUUAUGCGUUUCGCUUAUGCGCUUCGCUUAUGCGUUUCGCUGAUGUUUUGCGCUGGCUUAAGCGCUACUUCGCUCGCUUGAGUGCCGCUCAGACCCAAAUGCUUCAAGAUCUACUGCAAGAAUGAAUCUAACUCUUCAGGACUCAACGGCGCGACCCGAGUAUUUGCUUUCAUCACACACGGACUCUUUUCCGGCCCGGCCGUGCAGAGGAUACAGGAGUCGCAGUUGGAAAGCGUGGUAGUAACGAACUCCAUCGUCGGCCUCAAUCACGAAAGCGUCACGGCGUGCCCGAAAAUCAAAUUGUAUUUCCGGUUUGUCGUGAUAUUUUGAUGCUGGUUUGCAUGGUGUGAUGCACCUGGUUGAGAUAAGACGUUGCCUGACCUCUAAUGCUUACCUACACAUUUGGAAAACAAAAAUCAGCGUCUGCAUUGGGGGGCUGCUCGCGAACGCGAUUCACUCGAUACAGUACAAAAAGUCCAUUUCCGCACUGUACAAGCUGAAGCCCCCGGCGGCGCCGGAAGCCAGCCCCCUGCCGCCGCCCGUGAAGGCCGGAAGCCCCAUGCAGGUGGAAGAAAGCGCGAUCGGAUCGUGAGGAACCCCCCGUGACGCCCCGACCGGCAAACAAUUUUGUGCAAAUAAAGUACACUAGCGCAGUACCACAAAGAUUUGUUCCCAAGUAAGUACACUAAAGUUUGGCUAGAUAUUGGAAAAUAAAACUGAAAGUCGUUUUUAGUUGACCCACAUCUAAUGAUUUUUGACACUCAUGACAACUUGUCGUGGACGAGGAAGAGUGCGACCUGAACUAUGGUCGCCUUUUGUGGCAGUUCGGAUAAGAAAGUUCGCAUUUUUCGAUUGCCGAGCAAAGGAAGGAAUGAUAAACUUUUCGAGCUCAGAAACUUGUGAGAAAACAAGACGUGCGAAAAAA